CGAGUGUCCAUGGUCCCAAGUAUUAUGUCUAGUCGACUUCCUCGAACCUCACGUGCUGAGUUUGUCAUACCAACUCUCUUCCGUAGCGACACAUAAACAUGUCCCCCUCAAAACGCACAAUCAUUUCAGGUAGGUCGCCCACCGAGAGCGGCGGCCACUUGGAGUUUUCCCUUUGAGAUACUCAUUCUGAGCAUGAAGAUCGUUGCGUGUUUAUAGUUGUCUACUCGACAAAACUCAGCACACCCGAAGGAAGCGCAAUUGCGAUUCUUGCACGUUGGUGCACUCCUGCAUGAUGUCAAUGUUGCCUUGGCAGGCAGGCAGCCACUUGCAUCGGGAGCACUCAUACUGACUAGACUCAACAACAUCCAUCAACCUCAAAAUGCCCACAGAACCAAGUUCCAUUCCGAUCAUCAUACGGGGCCGUUAUUUCUGGCGAGGGGAUGACAGAUUCUUUGUUCGGGGAGUUGUCUAUCAGCCCCAGAAGAAUAACCUGCAGCCUGGCGAAGUCAAUGACCCUAUCGCAGACGACCGCAUCCACGAGCUAGAGCGAAAUGUUCCAUUGCUUACCGAACUCGGGAUAAACACAAUAUUUAUUUAUUUCAUCGACAACCAGAAGCCACAUGACAGGGCAAUGAAGUUGUUGGAGCAAGCGGGAAUCUAUGUCGUCGCGACAGUGUCUACACCCUUUAACUGCAUCCAUCGCGCAAAUCCUUACGCAUCUUACAAUUCCGACAAGGUCAGUCACUUCCUGCGAACCGCAGGCAUCAUGUCGUGCUACCCGAACACCCUGGGUCUGGCAGCAGCCGAUGCAUUGGUAAACAAUCACCAGUCCCUCCGUGCAACUCCUGUCAUCAAGGCUGUCAUACGGGAUCUCAAGAGAUACAUGAUCUGGAGCAACAAGUAUAACGGAACAAGGAUACUUCCUGUGAGCUACUCUGCCGCGGACGUUCUGAACAUUACUCGGCCUCAGGGGUUUCUAGAGUAUCUUUACCUCGGUGAUCAGGCGAGUGCGGUUGACUUUUGGAUGUGCAAGAAUUAUUCGUGGGUAGGCGAAUCGAGUAUGGCCAUGUCUGGCUGGGACUCUUUUCUCAGUCGAUAUGAGAAGUUUGCUAUACCUGCAUUCCUUUCUGAGUAUGGUACCAACCUCAUCAGGCCUCGGCAAUUCCACGAGACCAGGGCUCUGUACUCUGAUCCGAUGACCAGAGUCUUUUCUGGCGGAUGUCUUUACGACUUCGCUGAGGGCCCCAACGGAUAUGGCUUAGUAGCCCUGCCUGGAACAGACGAGACUGGCUGGUUCGGAAAAAGCGACAUUGUCGAGACUCAUGGGGCUGAGACUCGUGACACAGAUGCGGGUAAGCUCUACAUUCUUUACGACUUUGGAAACUACAUGGCUGCUCUCGCGGAGCCAACAAGCCAUAACUCGAGCUGGAGUACUAUGGAACUUGAGGCUGUCGAGAGGCACAAUGUUGACACCAGCCUGAUGAGCUGGCCUUGGGGAUCUGAACUCCAGAUGCCGGAAACUUGCAUAGACUGGGACAAUAUCGAGGAGCUUAUAGGGGCCGGAAUGCCAUCUCCUCUCGAGACCAUAACUCAAAGGCUCGAGAGCACAUCGAUCCUAGAACGGACCUCGGGACAAGCUGAGCACGGCUCGACUUGUAGAACAGACGAUUGAAGCAUUAAAGCAUCGCGGGGAAAGCGGCGCCAAUCGAACAGAGUUUACUUAUGGAACCAUCCCACGCCGAUUGCCCCAAGCAUGCGGCAACGAGGUUAGCUUCAAGAAUACAUGAAUGUUUUGAAUAAUCGAAGAAGUUUCGGGAAGAGAGGCAAAGAGCCGGGCUCUCACUGAAUCCUACCUGCAU